CUUUCUUCUUCUUCUUCUUCAUUCUUAUAUCUAUUUAUAUAUAAUAUCUUCUAUUUUCAUUCAUCAUCAUUUGAUUCAUUAUUCCAUUCAUCACUUAUCCAUUCUCUUUCUGUAUAUAUAUAUUAAGGAAUAAUGGACGAAAACACUUAUAACAAAGAUAUCAACAAAACCGUAGUUAAUUUGACACCUACUGAAGAAGUAGUGACCACAUCAAGUACAUCAUCAUCCAAUGAAAACGGUGAAGCAGAGACGACGAGUACACAUCAUGCAACUACCGACAAGAAUAGUUAUCAUAAACCUUAUCAUCAUUUUAUGAAACGAUUAUGGAAUAGAGUAUUAUUAUUUUUACAAACACAUAUGGCUUUUAAACCACCAGUACCGGAUGAUCCUCGACUUUUCUCUAUCAAGAAAAAGCGGUUGAUUUUAGCUUGUCUCGCCAUGGGUUCAUCUUUAAAUGGAUUAUGCUCCACUAUCUUUCUACCAGGUUUACCGGAUAUUGAAACCGAAUUAAAAGCAAGUCCUAUGGCUAUUACAUUGACAACUUCCUUAUUCAUAUUAUUUGGUGGCAUUGGUCCUAUCAUGUGGGGAUCCAUGUCUGAUUUCUAUCAUAUUCGAAGAUUCCUUUAUCUGAUAUCUUUACUUGUAUUCACUGUCGCGUCUACAGGUUGUGCUUUAGUGAGCAAUGUUUGGGCUUUGGUGGUUUUAAGAUGUAUUCAAUCUGUUGGUACUUCUGUUACUAUGUCUGUUGGUGCUGGUACAGUAUCCGAUUGUUGGGAAGUAACUGAACGUGGUGCAGCUUUUAGUAUUUUAUUUGUUGGUCAAUUUUUUGGUCCCCUUGUUGGACCCAUCAUUGGAGGCGGCUUGACAACAUUACUUGGUUGGCGUUCUACUUUUUGGUUUUGUGUUGCUUAUGGGAUGUUUCUAUUCUGUUUUCUGUUCAUGUUUCUACCUGAAACAUAUCGAUUGGAUCAAGAUUGGCGAUUACCAGCAAUAGAAGAAAAGCAAGUGGCACCUCCUAUAGAACGACUUUCUACUUACCCUAGUGACGUUACUCAUGUCAACAAUAAAGUGUUGGAGAACAAGCAGUAUCCAUUUUUACAAUCUGCCAGCAGCAGCAGCGAUUAUAGCUUGAAUACUUCUGAAUCAGUCAAAACUCCUCGAAGAGAUAGUUUAUCAAGUACUAUUGCUCACGGUGGUCACACUCAAUAUGAUGAUGGCGAUUUGGAACGAAAUAUCAAUAAUAGUGAUGUAGCUUAUUAUCAAGAAAAUCCAUCCUCCCCUUCUCCUACUCCUACAUCUCAGUCUACAGGAUUCAAUCCUGUACGAAGUGUACUUCUUCUACGACAUAUGUUUGUUUGGAUGAUCGCAGUACAAACUGGUAUUUGCUUUGGUACAAUGUUUACCAUCGAAACUAUUAUUCCUGAUCUUUACGCGACUUAUUAUGGCUUUGAAUCUUGGCAAACAGGUUUAAGUUUCUUGGGUGCAGGUUUAGGCAAUAUUGUUGGUUCUUUUAUCUCUGGUGCUAUCUCAGAUUAUCUAUUGAAAAGAGCACGAACAAAGCGUGGUGGCAAGCCUUUGACUGAAGAUCGAUUGACAAUGAAUGCUUGGCCUGGUGGUUUUAUACUUGUUCCUCUAGGUGUACUUAUCUUUGGCUGGGGUAUUCAAGCAGGCUUCGUAGUAUGGGUUUCCAUUGUUGGUUUUGGCAUAGUCUGUUUCGGUAUGAGUCAAGUAUAUGCUGCUGGAUCUGCUUACCUUGUUGAUUCAAUUCCUGGUAAAGGUGCCUCAGUUACUGCUGCUGCCAAUUUAUUACGGAUGACCAUGGCUGGGAUUCUUAGUUUGAUCGCUCGACCUACAGUUCAAUCGAUUGGUACAGGAUUUUUCAUGGUGAUUUUGGCUGGAUUGAACAUUAUGGGCAUGAUAUCUUUUGCUUUAGUCAAAUGGAAAGGACAAACAUUGCGACGACGAGCUGGUUUUGGGGACAAUUCACAAUAGACCUUUAUAUACUUUACCUUUUAUAUAUAUAUAUUUCAUUUGUUAUUUUGCAUAUUCUUCUUUAUAUAUAUAUCUAUCUAUCAAGUUGUUGACUUUACAAAACUCCAAUAAAAAACAAUGUUGUUUCAUUUUUU